AUGAAGGAUAAUGUCCUCAACUUGACAGUCGUCCUCGCCGACGGCACAAUCAUCAAGACAAAACGAAGACCCAGAAAGUCUUCUGCUGGCUACAACCUCACAGGAAUGUUCAUUGGCUCUGAAGGCACCCUUGGUAUCGUGACGGAAAUCACACUCAAACUUCAAGUCAUCCCUCAGGAAACAAGCGUGGCAGUGGUAACAUUCCCUACCAUCCGCGAUGCAGCCAGCGCAGCCUCUCGAGUCAUCAAAGCUGGCGUGCCAAUCGGCGCAAUGGAGAUCAUGGAUGAAGUUCAGAUGAGCGUGGUCAACAAAUCAAAGUCAACAAAGAAGGUCUGGCGCGAAGUACCCACCAUGUUCUUCAAGUUCUCUGGCACCAAAUCAGGAGUAAGAGAGAACAUUGAUCUGGUCAAGAAACUAUCCAAACAGUGCAAGUCCAUCGAUUUCGAGUUUACUGCCGACCCAGAGGAGCAGAAGAAGCUUUGGUCGGCGAGAAAGGAAUCUUUGUGGUCGAUGUUGUCGUUGAGGAAGGGCGACGAAGAAGUCUGGUCGACCGAUGUUGCUGUCCCUGUGUCCAGGCUGGCUGAUAUCAUCGAAGUCUCCAAGCGCGAGAUGGACGAAUUGGGUCUCUUUGCAUCCGUUCUUGGUCACGUUGGUGACGGCAACUUCCACGAAGCAAUCAUGAUGGUAGACAGAGCAUUGGAGAUGGAAGGAACAUGCACCGGUGAACACGGCAUUGGAUUGGGAAAGAAGAAAUCGCUAGUCAAAGAGCUGGGCUUGGACACCAUCGGUGUGAUGCAGAAGGUCAAACUUGCAUUGGAUCCGAACUGGUUAAUGAACCCAGGAAAGGUGUUUGAUCAUCCAGCCGAGACUAAUCCUAAGGGAACCUAG